CGGGCUCUCGGGUCUUUUUUAGCGCCAUCUGCUCGCGGCGCCGCCUCCUGCUCCUCCCGCCGCCGCUGCCGCCCUGAGUCACUGCCUGCGCAGCUCCGUCCGCCCGUUCCCCGUACAAGCCGCGGAUACUUGGAGUUCUUACAACAUGGCAGACAUUGACAACAAAGAACAGUCUGAACUUGAUCAAGAUUUGGAUGAUGUUGAAGAAGUAGAAGAAGAAGAAACUGGUGAAGAAACAAAAAUCAAAGCACGUCAGCUGACUGUUCAGAUGAUGCAAAAUCCUCAGAUUCUUGCAGCCCUUCAAGAAAGACUUGAUGGUCUGGUAGAAACACCAACAGGAUACAUUGAAAGCUUACCUAGGGUAGUUAAAAGACGAGUGAAUGCUCUCAAAAACCUUCAAGUUAAAUGUGCACAGAUAGAAGCGAAAUUCUAUGAGGAAGUUCAUGAUCUUGAAAGGAAGUAUGCUGUUCUCUAUCAGCCUCUAUUUGAUAAGCGAUUUGAGAUCAUUAAUGCAAUUUAUGAACCUACGGAAGAAGAAUGUGAAUGGAAACCAGAUGAGGAAGAUGAAAUUUCGGAGGAGCUGAAAGAAAAGGCCAAGAUUGAAGAUGAGAAAAAGGAUGAAGAAAAAGAAGACCCCAAAGGAAUUCCUGAAUUUUGGUUGACUGUUUUUAAGAAUGUUGACUUGCUCAGUGAUAUGGUUCAGGAACACGAUGAACCUAUUCUGAAGCACUUGAAAGAUAUUAAAGUGAAGUUCUCAGAUGCUGGCCAGCCUAUGAGUUUUGUCUUAGAAUUUCACUUUGAAGCCAAUGAAUAUUUCACAAAUGAAGUGCUGACAAAGACAUAUAGGAUGAGGUCAGAACCAGAUGAUUCUGAUCCUUUUUCUUUUGAUGGACCAGAAAUUAUGGGUUGUACAGGAUGCCAGAUAGAUUGGAAAAAAGGAAAGAAUGUCACUUUGAAAACCAUUAAGAAGAAGCAGAAACACAAGGGACGUGGGACAGUUCGUACUGUGACUAAAACAGUUUCCAAUGACUCUUUCUUUAAUUUUUUUGCCCCUCCUGAAGUUCCUGAUAGUGGAGAUUUGGAUGAUGAUGCUGAAGCUAUCCUUGCUGCAGACUUUGAAAUUGGUCACUUUUUACGUGAGCGUAUAAUCCCGAGAUCAGUGUUAUACUUUACUGGAGAAGCUAUUGAAGAUGAUGAUGAUGAUUAUGAUGAGGAAGGUGAAGAAGCGGAUGAGGAAGGGGAAGAAGAAGAUGAGGAAAAUGAUCCAGACUAUGACUCAAAGAAGGAUCAAAACCCAGCAGAGUGCAAGCAGCAGUGAAGCAGGAUGUAUGUGGCCUUGAGGAUAAUCUGCACUGGUCUACCUUCUGCUUCCCUGGAAAGGAUGAAUUUACAUCAUUUGACAAGCCUAUUUCAAGUUUUUUGUCGUUUGUUUGUUUGCUUGUUUUUGUUUUUGCAGCCUAAAAUAAAAAUGUCAAAUACAAUUUUAGUUCUCACAAAAUAAUGUCUUAAUUUUGUACUAAUUCAGGGAGAAGCAGAGAGGCCUAGUUUGAAUUAAGGGUUGUACCCAGUUUACCAUAUUAUUAAAGAAAAGGGUGCCAACUUUAGAAGAGGUACUACAUCCACUAAUAAGCAAGUGUAGAAAAAAAAAAAGACACUCUUAAAUGAUGUGAUGCUUUUUUAAAAAGAAAAAAGUUAAAUUUUUUUUCAUUUGGGUUAGAACUAGAGAGAAGGUUCGAAGCCACUAUGGUUUAUUAUAAUUCUUAUUGCUUAAAAGUAUUAGUAUGUCAUUUUACCCAUUCUUCUGUUUACUAUGUAUUAAAAUGGGUAGUACUGUUUACUUAACUACCUCACAGAUGUAUUAAGCAUAUAACGUUGAAUUUCAUGAAAUGUUUCUCAGUUUCAUUAAAAGCUCAUAAAUUUGGGCCUAUUUGUACCACAGGUGUGAUAGUUGGCAUCUUAUUCACACCAAGCUUCGAUAAUUAAACUGGAAAACACAGGUUAAGUACCUCUGUUCUAGAUCUGGGCAGGUAAUACUCUUUUCAGAUCUUUGUGUGGCUCCCUAGUUUAGUGGAAUUGGGUGGACGGUGAACUAUUUCAGAAGGUCCAAGGAUUUUUUUUCAGGUAUUUUAGAUGACCUUAUUGUAGUAAAUACAUAGAGAUCAUGGGACUAAAGUGGAAAUGAGAACCUUUUUUGUGGGGAAAAAAGUGCCAUGAAGUUUGAGACUGUAGAGCCACAUUUAAAAUACCUCAGGCUAAUUACUGUUAAUUUUUUGCAACGAGCUUCUUUUGACAGUGAGGGCAGAACUAAUUGGAUUGUUAAUUAGAGAAAGGUCUAGAGUUCCUGCUCUUAGUAAAAUUACAUUGAGUUCAUUUUUAGAGGUGAUAGAGCUUCCUUUUUGAAAAUUUAGUGUUAAGGUGAACACAUUUUGUUAUUUCUCUAGUAUUUCCCCAUUCUCCUGAGAUUUUAACUAACUACUGGAAAUCCUUAACCAAUUACAAGUUUUUUCUCUUUAUUUUCAAAAUGAUUUUGGUUGCUUUGAUUAGACAUUCUGUGCUGUUUUUUUUUUUAAUCCAUAGCUUUUUCUGAACUUAAAAAUUUUUAAUCGAAAGAUAGAAUCCCAUUUUUAAUGAACUUAAAGAUGUAGCAAAAUCAUUGUUUCUUUUAUUCAUUCCUUUAGGAAAUAGCUAUUGCCAAAGUGAAGGGGUAGAUAAUAUUGCAUCUUGUUAUAUAAUGGAGAUGUGGUUUGCAGAGGAGUUGUUUUCUUUAUAAAUUAGAGUUUCAGGGGAUGUCAGUGUUCACCUAUGCCAUUUCUCCAGUUCCAAAAUGAUUCUAUUCCAUUCUAGAAAUUUGAAAUAUGUAACUUGAAAUCCUUAAUAAAAUUUGGAUAUAAUUUUACAACAUGUACUGGUGAUAUUUUGGGUGUUUUGUUUUUAAAAAAAUAUGAAUAUAUAUACCUUCUUUUUUUUUUUUUUUUUUUUCCUUUUUAAGAGUGGAGACUAGAGAUGUCUAGAGUAGGCUAUUCUGUGCUUAGGCCGCUAUGACCUAUAAAUCUGUACUUUUAAGAACAACCUCCUAAGCCCUGCUAAGUGGAGUUUGUCAUUUGAAUACUUGGAAGGAAUUCCAUCUUUCUUGAUGGAUUUUCUGAGUUACCUACAAACAUUUUUGAGACACUUCACAAUUUGUCUUUACAUUAUAGUUUCCUCCAUGCACUGACUACCAAGAAAUUCUCAUUUUUACCGGAAGUGGUAAAAUAUCAUAUUGUUGUCUAUGAAGAAAAACUUUGAAAAACUAAUUUAGGACUUUCACUUUAUGGUCAUUUAAGUAUGUUAAGUGAGCAGAGAACAACAGUUUCACAUAUUGAUUAGUUGUUUUAACAUGGAUGUCUGAAAGUUACAUCUAUGUAGUGCCCUAGAAUUAUUUAAUUUACUGAAGUAGAAUUAGUAUCACUAUUCUAGAUGGUAAAACUAUCUUAAUUGUAUGGAAUUGGCUUACAGAGUGGUACUUAAGAAAAAUGGGAUUCUACCUGUAUUUUCUCUUUAGCUCAUGAACAUGAAAGGAGACAUUUGUUGUAAUAGAAAUAUUUUCUUUAUUCUGUGAAUAGGUUACUGAUCAUGAUUGGUGUAUGGUAAGGCCCGUAAAAUAACUGAAUUCAGAGUGUUUCUGUUACUGCUGCUUGUAAGACAGUAUGAAUUUGUGGGUUUAUCUAAGUUGUAGGCCAUUCCUGCUAUUAAAAAAAAAAUAACACUUAUGAGUUACUCUUUGUGAAAACCUUAUCAUGCCAUGCGAAAAUAUUAAACUGAUAUUCAAAUAA